GGUGACGUCGUCGCCGCCAUUGCCGCUGUGAUCGAAAAUCGCGUUCCGUGCGCGCUUGUGGCAAGACCCGUGUUCGGCCGUCACCCCGGGCGGCAAUACGACGACGGCGACGGUGCCGAGGACAUGGUGGACCGCGGACCGCAGGACUCAGAAAAAAGGAUGCGUAGGCGCAGCAGGACGGUCAGCUGGGACCACUCGGUCAGAUCCAUUGGAGGAGGCGGUGCGCCGACCCCGUCUUGGGCCCGUGCGACCGACGACAAAGCAGUGACGCUACAGGGGCCGACGUCGCCCGGUAUACGUGAAUCAUCGAUAACAGAGCGGCCGUUGGACAACAUGAGCAUCAGCAGAGGGCAUUCGGUCGAAAAAGUCCGUUUUUCGGCCAGCAGAGCGCAUUCGGACGAAAAUGAUGAGGAUUAUUCGGCGAGUGUAAAUGCGAUACUUCAUAAACGACUUAGUGUAAGGAAAGGCAAACACCAAAAACAAAGGAGAUCAUCGUCUCCCGUAUCUUCAAUGGUACCAGAUGAUGUCAGUUUAUUAUCAGACCGUAGAAGAUCAUCAGCAUUUACAACCAGUUCUGGAGACACGGCAAUCAAUAUUGAGGACACGGGCAUUUCUCAAGAGCAAAUUUUCGAAAACAUCCGUCUGCACAAAGAGGUAUUGGGCAGUGUCCGUCAACAGCCAUGGUCCAUUCGGAGAAAGAUGAAACUGGUUCAGCAAGCCAAAGAGUACGUGAAGAAACAUGAGGGUCAGCUGCAAGAGCGGUUAGCCAUGAGCAAGAGCACAAGGGAUAUUUUAGCAAGGUUCAACAUACUCGUGGUGAAGCAAUGGCAGCACAGCAAACGAGAGAUGGCCAAUUUCAUAAGUCAAAUAAUCCCUUGGGAGUUGACCAUCAAAGAAAUCGAAUCACAAUUCGGCACGGUGGUUGCGUCGUACUUCACGUUCCUCCGCUGGUUGUUCUGGGUGAACUUUGUCAUAUCCGUACUGUUGGCGGCUUUCGUCGUCAUACCCGAGGUUUUGACCACUAAGAAGGCGGACACGGGCGAGCGCAAGACGUUGCUGCCCGAAGAGGAGGCCACUUCGAUGGAGCUGAUGACUUUGUUGAACUUUGAAGGAGUGCUGCAGCAUUCGCCCAUAUUCUACGGUUACUACUCAAACCGCCAAAGCUCGGACACCGGAUACCGUUUACCUACGGCUUAUUUUAUCACCGGGCUCGUGGUGUACAUUUACAGUUUUGUAGCCACACUCAGGAAAAUGGCUGCAAACUCCCGUCUGAGCAAGUUGUCCGAGAAAGACGACGAGUGCAUUUUCACGUGGAAACUAUUCACCGGAUGGGAUUACAUGAUCGGAAACGAGGAGACGGCACACAAUCGGAUUUCUUCGAUUAUACUAGGUUUUAAAGAGGCAUUGUUGGAGGAAGCCGAGAGGAUGAAAGAUAAACAAAAUUGGAAAAUAGUGACUCUAAGGGUGUUCGCUAAUCUAAACAUGGUAUGGAUGUUGGGUAGUUCGGUGUGGGCGGUUAUUUUCGUAGUGGGCAGAUCCACUGAUUCGGAAGCUGAAUCAACAAUGUGGAGAAAAUACGAAAUCACAGUCGUUAUGACGCUCAUUGGGACGUUUUUUCCAAUUGCCUUCGAAGUGUUGGGCGUAUUAGAAAGUUACCAUCCGAGAACAACACUUCGGGUACAACUUGCCAGGAUUAUGGCGCUGAACUUGUUAAAUCUAUAUACACUGACGUUCGCGUUAUUUGUGAAAAUCAACGAAAUGACGAAGGAGCUGCUGUUGUUGAAGCCAACAUUAUUGAAUGUGACCGUGCCGACUGUUAUACCGAAAUUAAUGAGUACCACGUCGAUAAUGAUGACCAUGGCUCUACUCAACUCCACUAUGUCAACGACGCCGAUGGCUGCCUCUACCACCACUACGGGAUUUUUGCCGACCACCGAUUCGACUUAUUUGCAGCCAAAUUGCUAUCGGAAAAUUGUUGAAUGUCCAUUUCUUCUGAACCAAUCGUUAGGUGGUCCGACAGCGGUCACGACUUCGACCUCGACAAAUGUUAUGCCAGCCAACGUAACGCAACCGGUCGGAAAUACGUCGGUCAUGGCCGACGGAAUUGCGACGGAUAGACCAAUAACGACAACAACUACGAUGACGAUGACGACGACGAUAACGACGAGGGCGGCGGGUUUCGUUUCUGGCGUCGGAGCAGAAACAGAACUCGACAACGAAGGUGGUACAAUUUCUGUUACCACGGGCAACGUCAAUUGGACUAUGAGCUCCAAUCCAAAGGACGAGACCAGCACUGAGAUGGAAUACGAUAAUGAUAUCAACGAUUUACAGAUAACCGCCCAUAUCGUGUACGACACCUCGUCCGAAGAUGUCGCGACCAAAUCGAACUCCCAAAUCACGUCCGACGUGUCAACCGCGGAAUUGACCGACGGCGCAGAGCCCGACUCGACAAGUGCGACGAUCGAGUCGGUCGGCACCAAGCUCACUUGGAGCUCGUUUGCCGCCGAAUCGGUACCGGACGCGUUCACCGAACCCAUUAUACCAAUAUUCGACCCGGAGUCCGUAAUGAUGGUCGAUGGUGAAUCGAUGAUCCCGGUGUUGGACAUCACCGAAUCGACGAUCCCCGAUACGACGACCGAUCGAUCGAUCUCCGACACGACGACCGAUCAAUCGAUCUCCGACACGACGACCGAUCAAUCGAUCUCCGACACGACAACCGGUCAAUCGAUCUCCGACACGACGACCGAUCAAUCGAUCCCCGAUACGACGACCAGUCGAUCGAUAAUCGUCAGCGAGACGAUCGCGACUGACCAGCCGUCGGGCGACAGCACUCCAACGGUGCGGAAGAGAGUGAAGCGAACCCCGGAAGACGUGAUAUUCACAGGAAAGCAUUGCUAUCAGAUCGUUUGUUCGCCACGGCCGACGGCGGUGUCGAACGUAACCGAGGUGCCCAAGAGUUAUCAAGGGUUCAGCGAGACACCGAACGAGGAGCACAUGACGACGACGGAACAUGAAGAUGCGCCUAAUGAAGACUUAUCACUUCAUGCUACUUGUUUAGAUCUUCAGACUAGACGACGGCUGCGGAAGUUGUGUUGGGAGACAAUGUUCGGGCAAGAGUUGGUAAAACUUACAGUCAUGGACUUGGUGUCGACGAUCAUCUCGACGAUAUUUGUGGACUUCGCGCGGGCCGUGUUCGUGCGGUACAUGAACCGGUGCUGGUGCUGGAACCUGGAGAAACGGUUUCCACAGUACGGUGACUUCAAGAUCGCCGAGAACAUAUUGCACCUGGUCAACAACCAGGGCAUGGUGUGGAUGGGCAUGUUCUUCUCGCCCGGGCUGCCUAUCAUCAACGUGGUGAAGUUGAUGAUCAUGAUGUACGUGCGAUCGUGGGCGGUGCUCACGUGCAACGUGCCGCACGAUAUCGUGUUCCGCGCUAGCCGCAGCAACAACUUCUACCUGGGACUGUUGCUGACCAUGCUGUUCCUGUGCGUGUUGCCCGUCGGCUACGCGAUCGUGUGGAUCGAACCGUCGUGGCACUGCGGCCCGUUCUCGCAGUACAAGAAGAUCUAUCACAUAUUUACCAACUCGAUCAAGAAGACCGUGCCCAACCCGACGGUGCACCGGGUGCUCGACUACAUAGCGUCGCCUGCCAUCGUCAUACCGUUACUAUUGCUACUCAUACUCAUCAUCUACUACUUGGCGUCGCUCACGUCGUCGCUCCGCGAAGCCAACAACGACCUGAAAACGCAGCUGAGACGGGAAAGAACCGAAGAACGGCGAAAAAUGUUCCAGUUGGUCAACAGCAAGAAGCACGGCGAAGACGACGGUGAUUACACGUGCAUGGACACGACGUUAGCCAAGUGGAGACAAAUAAUGCCGGACGGAAAAGCGGCCACAGAUCGUCCGAACUUUAUGUUCGAGUUGGCUGAGAAGAAGCUCACGGAAAACGACGUUCUGGACAAAGUACGCGAGAAACUCGUUCACAUGGAAGCGGACGAUCAGCAGCCGGUGAAGAGUGAUUCCACCGGUCAAGGACUCCAGCAGCAGCAACAACAGCAGCAACAGCAGCAGCAACAUCUUCAUCAUCACCACCAUCACCAUCAUCAACAGCACUUGCAUCACCACCAUCAUCUCCGACGACCGUCGAGGAACGAAGAGCCGAAGGACACCGCAGCGUCGCGCAAAUGGAAAAACUCCAAGUCGGCGUUGUCGCGACGACCGUCUACUGAGUCCGAGUCGUCGGAUCAAUCGGAGGCUGUGCCGGAAAUUCGGGUUAGUAAGUCCAGCGGCGAACCGGCCGUAUUCGCGGGGUCGGAGAUCACGGUCGCAGAAAUCGUGAGGACUGCUCGCGGUCCAGUGUCGAGCGGAGGUGGUGCCGGUCACAAGUCCACCGAGCCUAUCUGUGGCGGUGGUGACACGGACACCAGCGUUGGAGGUGGUACGGAACAGCCGGUCAAGCAGAGAGCCAGACUGAAGUUGGCCCAGAUAUUGUACAAGGAAGCGAGAAGGCGGAGGCAAAAGUAUGUGGAGGAGCUUCAGAACCAACAUGAAUAACGGAGCCUUCUCUACCGGGCGGAAAACGAUUGUUGACGGCGUGUGUAAAAAAAAAAAAAAUUAAUGAAAAUAAUCAAUAAUAAUAAUAAUAAAACACUAAAACUAUACGAUUGCGUGAUCAUUUUGAAAUCUAUUUACGGCAGCUAAUGUUAUCGUUUUCGUGCGUCUCGAUUUUCGAUAAAGUUUGCGGGCACAUCCCGCAAUGGAUAGGUUGAACAAUUUUUGAGACCAGAGGAAAUACUCUUCCACGGACCGUUACAUCUAUCAAUUUAAUAAUAUUGUAAACGAUACAUAAUACCCCCAGGUUGAUUACGAAGAUUUGUUGAUUGUCAUGUCGCUUUCUAGGUCAUUUGAAGUUAUCAAGUUCUAUAUUUUUUUCCGCUCAAAAUUGGAUUUAUUAUUUAUUU